AUUUAAUCGAUACGUGCCUUCCCUGCUAGCGCCAUGUUUGCGGUGAUCAGCCAUUCAUUGCCAUUGAAACUUUGUUGAUUGCCAGCUCUGCCAGCCUUGCACUGUACAUGUGACCGUGCACCGCUGGUCGGUCUGCGGUCGGUGAGGCUGCCAGUCAUGCCAAGCCUUUUGACAGCUGGUGCCGAAGCGAGGAGCUAAACGGACUCCAUUCCCCGCCAAAAAGUUCAUGAAAUUUUUGGCUGGCAGAAUCGCCAUUGAACGUACGGGCGGUCUAGGCGCAACAGCAGCCUGUAACUGAACUUCUGUUCCACUUAUACAGACUCAAAAGAGUCCUCCAGUUCCUGUACAUAAUCGAAUCCUCAGAUACUAUACCAGUUCGGCGCAGUCUUCAACACCGAAAGUCGAGGCAUGGAAUAGUGUUUGACAAUGAAGACCGACUUCAAGUUUUCUAAUUUACUGGGCACAGUCUACUGCCAGGGCAACCUCUUGUUCAGCCCGGACGGUACCCAUCUCUUCUCGCCCGUUGGCAACAGGGUGACAGUCUUUAACCUUGUCGAUAACAAAUCAUAUACCCUUCCCUUCUCCCACCGAAAGAACAUCGCGCGCAUCGGUCUCACACCCCAGGGCAACCUCCUCCUCUCCAUCGACGAAGAUGGCCAAGCUAUCCUCACCAACGUGCCCCGGCGCGUAGUACUAUAUCACUUCUCCUUCAAGGCUCCAGUAACGGCUCUUUCCUUCUCGCCUUCGGGGCGCCAUUUCAUUGUUGGACUCGGUAGGAAAAUCGAGGUCUGGCACGUUCCUUCGACACCCGACUCCAACGCCGACGGCGAGCUCGAGUUUGCGCCCUUCGUUAAGCACCAUACCCACGUCCAACACUUCGACGAUGUCCGCCAUAUCGAGUGGUCCCACGAUUCGCGAUUCUUCCUCACAUCUUCCAAGGAUCUUACAGCAAGGAUAUGGAGUGUCGAUCAAGAGGAGGGCUUCACACCUACGGUCUUGUCCGGUCACAGGCAGGGUGUUGUAGGCGCAUGGUUUUCCAAGGACCAGGAGACGAUUUACACAGUCAGCAAGGACGGCGCCGUUUUCGACUGGCAAUACGUUGCGAAGCUCGGACAGGACGAGGAUAUGGUGGACGAUGACGACCUGGCGUGGAGGAUAGUCAACAAGCACUAUUUCAUGCAGAACAGCGCCACCGUACGAUGCGCCGCCUUCCACCCCGAAUCGAACUUGCUGGUCGCCGGCUUCUCGAACGGUAUCUUUGGCCUCUACGAAAUGCCCGACUUCAACAUGAUCCACACUCUCAGCAUCUCCCAGAACGAAAUCGACUUCGUGACGAUCAACAAGAGCGGCGAGUGGCUGGCGUUUGGCGCAUCCAAGCUUGGUCAGCUCUUGGUGUGGGAGUGGCAGUCCGAGUCGUACAUUCUCAAGCAGCAGGGCCAUUUCGAUUCGAUGAACUCCCUCGUUUACUCUCCGGACGGUCAGCGAAUUGUCACAGUUGCCGACGAUGGAAAGAUCAAGGUGUGGGAUACGGAAUCGGGAUUCUGCAUUGUCACCUUCACAGAGCACACUAGCGGUAUCACUGCUUGCGAGUUCUCCAAGAAGGGCAAUGUCCUGUUUACCUCGAGUUUGGACGGUUCUAUCAGGGCGUGGGACUUGAUCAGAUACAGAAACUUCAGGACCUUUACAGCACCCGAGAGACUGUCGUUCUCUUGCAUGGCUGUUGAUCCUAGUGGCGAAAUCGUGGCGGCUGGCUCCGUUGACUCUUUCGACAUUCACAUUUGGUCUGUCCAGACUGGCCAGCUCCUAGAUCGUCUUUCGGGACACGAGGGCCCUGUAGCAUCGCUGGCCUUUGCGCCUAACGGCGGUCUUCUUGUCAGUGGUAGUUGGGACCGCACGGCCCGUAUUUGGUCCAUCUUCAACCGCACACAAACAAGCGAGCCUCUCCAGCUCAACUCGGAUGUUCUCGACAUUGCCUUUAGGCCAGACUCUCUCCAGAUCGCCAUCUCCACUCUUGACGGCAACCUGUCGUUCUGGUCGGUCUCGGAAGCUGAGCAACAAGCCGGUCUUGAUGGGCGCAGGGACGUCUCUGGUGGUCGCAAGAUCGGUGACCGCCGGACUGCGGCCAACGUUGCUGGUACCAAGGCUUUUAACACCAUCAGAUACAGCACAGACGGAUCAUGCCUUUUGGCCGGCGGAAACAGCAAGUAUAUCUGCUUGUACUCCGUCACCACCAUGGUUCUCCUGAAGAAGUACACUGUGAGCGUCAACCUUUCGCUCCAGGGCACUCAGGAGUUCCUCAACAGCAAGCUUCUUACCGAGGCUGGACCACAGGGUCUCCUGGACGAGCAAGGCGAGGCUUCCGAUUUCGAGGACAGGAUAGAUAGGUCACUACCCGGCUCCAAGCGUGGCGACCCCUCCGCGCGGAGGAAGAACCCUGAAGUGAGAGUAAACGGCGUCGCCUUCUCCCCGAACGGCAGUGCCUUCUGCGCCGCUUCCACGGAAGGUCUUUUGAUCUACAGCUUGGACACCACCAUCCAGUUCGAUCCCUUUGACCUCAACAUGGAGAUCACCCCCACCUCCACCUUGGCUGUGCUCGAGAAGGAGAAGGACUACCUCAAGGCUCUCGUCAUGGCCUUCCGCCUGAACGAGGCCGGUCUGAUCCAGCGCGUCUUCCAAGCCAUCCCUUACACCGACAUCCCUCUCGUUGUCGAGCAGUUCCCCAGCGUGUACGUCGCCAGGCUACUGCGGUACGUUGCCGCGCAGACCGAGCAGAGCCCACACGUCGAGUUCUGUCUGCUGUGGAUCAAGGCUCUGGUCGACAAGCACGGCGCGUGGCUGUCUGCCAACCGCGGCAAGGUCGAUGUCGAGCUCCGUGUUGUCGCGAGGGCCGUGUCCAAGAUGAGGGAUGAGAUCAGGAAGUUGGCCGAUGAGAACGUCUACAUGGUUGAUUACCUCCUCGGGCAGGCGAGCGCUGCUAAGGAGACUAAUAACACCAAGACCCUGGCGCUUGAGUGGGCUACCACCGGCUCGGAUGAGCAGCCGGGCGCUGGCGGUAUGAGCUUGAACGAUGUCAUGCAGCAGAAUGAGGAGAACCCCAGCGAAGACGAGUGGAUCGGUUUGGAAUAGAGUCCGAGAUCCUAGAGUACUAUAGGAUUUCUGUAACGGUAAGGAAGGGUACUACUACAUAGGAUAGGCGCUGAUACGGAAAAAUUUUUGUCGAGGUGCAACCGGCAU